UGUCUUUCGGGCAGAGUUGGACGUAAUCGAUUCCUUUUGGAAUUAAUUACACGAUUACAUUCCAGUAAUCAUGAUUCCUCAUUAAUCGAUUAUUUGGGUAAUCAAAAUUAAUGUAAUACUGUACUUUGAUUACGUCUGUCAUCCAUUCCUUUGGAAUCGGUAUUGUAAUCCACUACUGUAAUAUUGAUUCCUCGGUAAUCAAGUACUUAAGUAAUCUGAAUUACUUUACUUCAAUUCCAGGCUUAUUACUUAAUUGGCAAACCUUAUUUUAUAAUUUUGUUAAUGUCACUAAAAUUGUUUUUGGUCUACAUGUCAUUCUAGCAUUUCACUUUCACAUUAAAUUUUGGUGUUGAAUCUUAAAAAUUGGGUUAAUAUUUAUAACACAAUGACAUGCAUGAUUGAUGUGGAGGAAUUUCGAUGUUUUAAAAUGGAACUUCAGGCAAAAUUAGAAAUAACCAAAAUUCGUCAAGGAAAUGCCAAUUACGAGCCCAAUUUAUGCUGCUGUCUGCUAAAUUUUCGUGAGAGGUGCCUGAAGGUGAUGUUCAAACGAAAACACUUUUUAGAUUUUGAAGAUUGUUGGGAAGAAGUAAUGGAGGUAUUUCGAAAACACCAAGAAAAGGGCCUUCGUUACAAUAAAGACCUAAGAGAUGAUAAUUGCACAUGUGUUACACAGCCAUCACAUUUAAGAAAACAACUAUUGAAGAUACCUCCACAAGUAUUUGAAACAUUUUGGUUUGAGGCUGUAAAUAAAAUUGAAAAAUAUGCAGACGAUUUUAGUAAAUAAUGUUUUCCCGUCGUAUUUUAUGGAAAUUAUUCGUGCCUUGUCAACUAUUUCAGGGAGAGUCCUAAAGCAAAUUAAAAUAGAUAGGGUAAAUUUUAUUAAUUUUCAUCAAUAUACGAUAGUAAAGUAAGUAUAAUUCAUUACACCUGUACCUGUACUCGAACUUGAAGAUUUUCCCGCAGUGAACGUGUUAAAUAAACACUUCAGAUACCAGAUUAUAAUUCCCAAGGAAGUGUACAGAGUACAGAUGUAGUGCAUAAUGUUUUUGAAUCGUCUCUGCCGCUAUAAUUGUGUUAUCAGACCUAUUUAGAUAACGUUGAAGAGGUCCUACUAAAAUAUUAUAAUAUGCCUCACUGACAAUGUCAAUUGAACUUGACAAAUGUAACUACACUUCAGCGGGUUUACAAUCCAAUAGUCCAAUUUAUAAAUCCAUCCCAUAACUCCACUAUGGAUUUGGAUUCACCAGCUGUCGGCGAAGAAACAUCAGCCUCAAGUUCCGAAUCUGAAAUUUUAUUUGAUGGUACGUUUUUUUCCAAAAUUACGUCUAAAACAACAAAUUCGUCCACUGUGGCAGCGUGCGUGAAAUGUUUACCAUUAAACGUUGAAGUAAAAGGCUAUAAAAAAUGCUCUUCCAACUUCAUUAAACACCUGAAGAGAAAACAUGGACCUGACUGUGUUGAAGAAUACAAAUCAUAUUGCAUACAGAAGAAAAGAAAAAAGCCGCAAUCAACAUCAGUUCAAAAUCGUCAAGUGCUUAAAACUAGCAGCUCUUACUCUCAAGAAGAGUUUGAUAGCGACGUAGUAAAAUUUUUUUUACAUUCGAUGAUACCACUCAGUUGUGUAGAAGAUCCACAUUUCAUUCGAAUCUUAAAGAGACUGCAUGUCGACAGUUUGGGAUUGACUAUUAUGAGUCGUACAACUUUGACCCGUCGUAUAAAUCAACAUUAUGAUGAUCAAGUUAAAGUAAUUAAAGAUUUAAUGAGCAGGGUAAAUUUUAUCUGUGCAACUGCAGAUAUCUGGUCCAGCCGGAAAAGAAGUUUUUUAGGCCUGACGGCACAUUGGAUCGAUCCUGAUACUUUUCUAAGAUCAUCGAGGGCAUUGGCAUGUCGGAGAUUCCCGGGAGUGCAUAAUUAUGAACGCAUAACUAAUCUACUAAGAGACAUUUUACAUGAAUUUGACUUAGAUUUGCCUAAGAUUGUUGCUAUUACUACAGAUAAUGGUAGCAAUUUUGUUAAGGCUUUUAAAGAAUUCGGAGUUCACCCAGGUAGCAUAGAAACAAAUGACAAUUGUGAGACCGUUUCUAAUGUCUCUAAUGAUGAUAUCGAAGAAGAGCCCUUGAUGAUUUCAGAUUCAAAUAAAGGUUGUAUUGACUUUUUAAAUGAUCAUGCACUGCUACCGUAUCAUAUGCGAUGCUGUUCCCAUACUUUGAAUCUGAUAGCCACAACAGAUUUAAAACAUUUACUUACCACUGACACUGCUCUGUCCAACAUUCAUAAGAGUGUAAUAGAUAAAUGUAAUCGUCUUUGGAAAAUGGCGAAUCGUCCCAAAAGCUCUGAAAUCAUCCAAAAUAUAUUGGGACAUAAUCUUAGUCGACCAGGCGAAACUCGUUGGAACAGUAUGUAUGAUGCCCUAAAGCAAAUUUUAUCGAUUAAAGAAAAAAACAGUGUUCUACAUGAAGGGCUCGGUUUGGAAAAUCCGCUGCGUAAUACAGAUUUCAAUUAUAUAGAAGAAUAUCUGUCUUGUUUGAAACCCGUAGCAGCAGUACUGGAUAUUCUUCAAGGAGAAAAUAAUACCUAUUACGGUUUAUUGCUACCAACACUACUGAUGCUUAAAAAAAAAGUACAUGCCCUACAGCAAAACAAUUAUCAAUAUUGUAAACCAAUUGCGGUUCAAUUAUUAAAACAAGUGCAGAGUCGUUUCGACGAUUUAUUGAAACUUACAGGACCUGCAGCAGAAAAAGCAAUUAUCGCCGCUCACAGCUAUCCCAGGUUCAAGAACUCAUGGUACCAAUGCGUGGAUUCCGAACAUCACGCUAGGUUAAAAAAUAUGUUUUUGACGGCUGUAUCGGAGGAAUCUCAACAUCAUUCAAAUAUCGAGCCUGAGAUAUUUCAACAUACACAUGACUUUGAUGACGCGUUUUACGAUUUCAGUAAUUCAAAUAGUGACAGCAACACUAGCGGCGGCAGCGGCGGACACUCAAUCAGAGCAGAAUAUUGUAUAUUAGGAUAUCUAUCAGAUACAUCACGGUCAUUAGAUAUCCUGAACAAAUAUCCUGAGAUAAAAAAAGUUUUUCUGAAGUAUAAUACACCUCUGACCUCUUCAGCUCCCGUAGAACGACUGUUCUCUUAUGCGACUAUGACAAAUACUCCAAAAAGCAACCGAUUAACAGACGAGAACUUUGAGCGACGAGUUAUAUUAAAAGCCAACUUGAAUAAUGAAAAACAUUCUUAAAUCUAAGAAAUAAUUCACUUAGCUUUGUACCUGACCGAUAAUUCAUAUUGUCAAUUGUGUCUGGACCCACCUCACUCUUUUGUAAUGAAAGAUAUUGUACAGUCGAGUUCAUAAAUAUAUGAGUAUUGCCAGGGCUUCACAAAUAAAUGUACAUGGGAAAGUUCAUCAUUCAUAAUUAUACUUUAGGAAAACCUUUUUUUUAUGGAAAAUGCUCAUAUAUUUAUGAACUCGACUGCAAGUACAGUCAAGGCGUUACCGUUGCCGUUACCCACUAAAGGGUUUAAACGAUAAAUUUUAAAGCCGUACUUAAUUUUAAUUACGCAUAUUUAAUUUAAAGCUUAAGUAAUAGCGACAAGUUUAUUUUAAUUUUAUUUAGUUGAGUACAAUAAAUAAAACUAAUAUUUAUGAUUGAAGAAACUAUUUUUAUUUCAUACAUGUUGUGUGAUGGAUGUGGAAUCAGGAAUAUCUUGAGUUUCUUUGAGCAAUCCUUUUUUUCUCGCCGAGAUUUGUAUAGUGUUUUCUCAAAAAUUCGCAUACUUAAGUAGAGUCCGAAUUUAGGGUCCAUUUUGAAAUCUAAGAUGGCGGCACGUUUUUAGGGUCACGCAAGUCAACCAGGAACCCUUAGGUCGGCCUUACACAUUGUGAAUCAUAAUUCAUAUUAUGAGUUCAGAAUGCACGGA